GCUAAGAUGAAGAGGGUUCAACAGGAGGAGGAAGAAAUAAGAAAGGCUGCUGAAGCAGAAGUAGCAGCAGAAGAAGAAAAAGAGAGUGAGGAUUGAGAGUGGAGAAGGGAGAGGUGGCACAAUGAAGAGGGAUGCAGAUGCUGAGAUGGAGAAGAAGAUAAGUGAGUGGGUCGCUAAUUUAUCGUUGGGAGAAGACGAGGAGGCGGAGUCUUAUGUGACUCAGGAUGAGAGGGAUGCGCUUGCCAGUGAGCUAGCAGCAAUGAAGGACCCUAUGGAACGGCGAGAAAGGGAGGAGGAGCAGAAGUUAGCAUGGAAAUUGAGGAAGAAGAGGGAAAAGAAGAGGAGGAGAGAGGAAGUCAACAAACUGACCGCAGAGAUGGCGAAGGUGCAGGAGUGUAGGAAAGAAGUGGAGGUGCAGGCAGACGACAAGGCCAAAUGGGAUAAGGUGUUGAGCUACCUAGAGGUGUUGAGCAAAGCAUGGAUGGAGGAGCGCCAAGCCAGUUGGAGCCAAGACGUAGCUUUGAGUGUCAUGCGAUCGGGAUUUAGAGACUUUGCGCGCGAUAUAGUCACCCACAUUGGGGGCGAAGUCAAGCAACUUAGGGACAACGUGGGGAAGUUUUGCGAAGGCGCCAUUGAAGGUGCCAAAGCAAUAGUCGUUGUAGAGGGCGAGGUAAGACCCCGUAAAGAGCCUGUAAAGCUCAAGUUCCCAGACGCGUUGCUUAAGAAAGAGGCAAUCUGGCAAUGGGACAAAGACUGUACGUCUGCGCUCAAGAAGUUGAAGCGCGCCUUAAUAGAGUAUCAUGUCCUCGAAGUAGCAGACCCGUCCUUGCCAUUUGUCAUCACCACGGACGCAAGUCAGUAUGGAAUAGGUGCCGUGUUGCAGCAAGACGACGAUAAUGGCUAUAGACCCGUAGAGUUCAUGUCAGCGAGGAUGCCCUCAGAGAAGGUCGCUACCUCGACAAACGAGAGAGAACUCUACGCUCUCAGGCAGGCUCUAGACCACUGGAAGCAUUACCUGCUUGGGAGGCACUUCAAAGUGUAUUCCGAUCAUGAGACCCUUAGAUGGUUGAAGACUCAGGCCAAGAUGACACCUAAGUUGACUAGGUGGGCCGCAGAGAUAGACCUGUAUGAUUUUGAGCUCAAGCCAGUAAAGGGCGAGUACAACGUAGUUGUGGACGCUCUGAGUAGGAGAUCAAACUACUUUGGAGCCAUAGUACACUAUCUGGAUAUAGGGAGAGACCUGCAGGAGAAAGUGAAGCAAGCGUAUGCGCAGGACCCCAUCUAUAGUGACCUUCUAAAGAGAGUUAGAGAGGCCCCAGAGUCAGAUUACCGCACUAUUGAGGGAUUACUGUUUAAGAAGACUAAUGUGUUUGACCGCCUGUGCGUUCCCAACAGCGAAGAGAUCCGCAGUUUGAUUUUAGGGGAAUGCCAUGACACAGAGGGACAUUUUGGUUGGCAAAAGACAUUAGCCAAUCUGAUGCGUGCGUACACCUGGCCAGGGAUGAAGAAUGACUGCAUAGAGUCUGUUCGCAGUUGUAAAGUGUGCCAGAGGAAUAAGACUACUACACGCGCGCCCUUAGGUCUUCUCAGACCAUUGCCUAUUCCUGAUCAACCUGGAGAUUCAGUGUCCAUAGACUUUACGGAUACUAAAGUCAAGAGUAGGCAUGGCAAGAGCCAAGUCAUGGUCAUAGUUGACCGUUUUAGCAAGUUAACCGUUUUUGUUCCCUUGCCUGCAGAGGCACGUACGGAUUUAGUGAUACAAAAGUUCUUUGAUUUUUGGGUUAGUGAGAAUGGAAUCCCAUUGUCAAUAGUUAGCGAUAGAGACUGUCGUUUCACCAGUCAGAACUGGCAAAAACUCAUGAGAGUCUACGGAUCUAAGCUGUUGAUGUCGUCUGGCUGCCAUCCCGAGACAAACGGUCAGACUGAACAGAUGAACAAGAUCCUACAGCAAGUUUUGCGCAUGUACAUUAGACCUGAUCAGAUCAACUAGGACGAGAUGUUGCCCAAGGCUAGCGCAUACAACAACAGCGUGCAUUUGUCCACCUGUCGCACUCCCAAUGA